UCUCUGCCCCCUCUUUUGUCUUUUUCCUUCUCAACAUUGCUUUCUUCAUUCAGCCAUGGCUGAAACUCACUGACACUCUUCACAAUAAUCCUUAAUUAAUUCUUCAACUCCAUCUUCGAAAUUGCCUCUCACUUUCCCUUCUCCAUCCAUUUAUAAACAUCCCCAUCUCACUCCCACUCCAAUUCACUCACUUCAAUUUCAUCUCAUUUCAAUCCAUUUCUCCUCUGUUCUUCUUCAAGCUGCUUCAAUGGCGGCGCCUUCUCUCUCAUUUCCCCCUUUUCCUCUUAAUCGAGAAGGACCCACCAGAAUGCUCAAGGAUUUUCUUCACGAAACCAAUCCAAAUGGAAUCGCAUCUUCUAAACCAAAACCCACGUCGUUUAAAGCUUUGGCUUUCCACGCCGUCGUAGCCGCUGUUAAGAGGAUCUCGUUUCCGUCCGUGAAAUCGCCCUGGAUCUUCCCCAGAAGCCUCUCGCGUAGGCUGUUGAGGAAAACAGAGAGAGAUGAGAGAGAAACCGGAGGCGAUUUUGUUGUUAAGAUCAAGGACAUUAUUCGAUGGAAAUCGUUUAGGGAUUUGAUCGACGAGACAACGGCGGCGGCUCCACCGCUUGAUUUCGCCGAAUCGCCCGAUCGUUACACUUACACGGCAGCCGCUACGACAACGACGACCACGACCACGACCACGACCACGAGUAGUAGUAAGAGUUCGAGCUGGUGCGAGAGCGAUUUCACGGCGGAGGAUUUGCCGUCGCCGUCGUGGAGAGAUUGGUCCGACGACGGUACAAUCGGAAAAAUGUACUUCCGAUGUGUCGGUGAAGAUUCGACGGAAACGACAGCCGCACACGCAAAAAACGACAAAGAGGUUGGAAUAAAUGCAUUAUCAAAACGAGAGGAUAAAGAAGAACAAGAGGUACUAGACGAAAGUACACGACGUCUAUUAGAGCAGGUUAAAGGAGUAAUUUCGUUAUCAGAAAGUUGUAGAUUAGCAGAGCAUUGUGGCUUGGAUGGGUUGCUUCGAGAAUUGUUUCGACGUGACCUUGCAAGUUUUCAAGAUGACGACGAUCGAAUUAGGAUGAAGAACGGCAAAGAUGGCGAGUAUGUGUAUGAUUGGUUUUUGUCUCACAAGGGGAAGGAAAGUUAUGUGAGAGAAAUGGAGAGGGAAGGAAAAUGGGAGAUUUUUGGUGUUGAUGAGAAAAUUGAUUUAGGGUUAGAAAUUGAAGGAGAGGUUUUGGGAUGUUUGGUUGAUGAAAUUCUACUUGACAUUUUUUAAUUAUGAAUAGAAAACUUUUCUUUCAUUUUUUUUUU